CUUUGGCCAAAUAAUGCGGAGUCUUGCAAAGUCUUCGACAAAGAAUGGUAGUGCUUGAGAACGUUUGCCGACUAGUUGGGUCAGCCCUAUGGAACUCAACACUAGUGCUGAUAAUUAUAGCCAGCAUGUGCAUGGACCCCCGAUUGAGCGCAGCCCCAAAAAUCAGUGCAGAGGCUGCAAGUUUAACGGAUGAGUGCCAAGUGACGCCAGUAAUUCACGUUUUGCAAUAUCCCGGUUGUGUUCCCAAGCCCAUUCCCAGUUUUGCGUGCACUGGCAGAUGCGCCUCGUACAUUCAAGUGUCCGGGAGCAAAAUCUGGCAAAUGGAGCGCUCCUGUAUGUGUUGCCAGGAGUCCGGAGAACGGGAGGCUUCAGUGUCGCUCUUUUGCCCCAAAGCCAAACCAGGCGAAAGGAAGUUUAUUAAGGUUACAACAAAAGCCCCACUUGACUGCAUGUGCCGUCCAUGCACAGGGAUUGAAGAGAGCGCAAUUAUUCCGCAAGAAAUCGCCGGUUACACUGACGAAGGACCCCUUUCGGGCCACUUUAUGCGCUCCCAUGUCCAGUAGGGUUUUUUAUGUAGAAAAUUACUGAUAAUUUUAGUUGACUUUUUAAAUAAUUAUAUAAUUAGAAUUCGAAGGAUUUUCGCUGGUUGUUUCCAAUUGCCAAUAGACAAAAACAUUAAUUAGACCCA